GGGGAACCCGGCUACUGAGUCAAGCGGCGCUAGCGGAAAGUUACGGCGUCCAUUGAACGAGUCGCCAGCGUAGACGUAUCGGGUUUCUCUGAUAAUUGGUCACCUCGUCGCUGCCAGUCAGCCGUAUAUCGUAGGGCCAAAGGAACACUGCAGCAGGAGCAACAUUCUGCGAGGCGCAGACAUCACGUUUAGCGAGGCCAACAGAGACUUAACGGUCUCUUGCGCGUCGUAAGGCGGUUACGACAGUCGUUACUGUUCUGAAGCCGAACUGCCACAGAGGUUUUUUGAAGUAGUUGCUGCACCAGGCUCAAGCAACAGAGGUCUUCUCCAGAGCUAGGCACGGCGACGUUGGGAGCAUCUGUAAUCAAGGCCUUGCGACACAGGCAUUUUAUCUCCAUGUUAUCACACUGAUGUUAUGUCGUGCUGUUGGGUGCACAAAUGCAGUUUGUUCUUUCAGAGGUUCCCAAGUAUUGGGGGACCUCUGGUUCGUCCGUUCCCAGUACAUCGCACUGCUACGCGCCGCUCGGCUGCUGCAGGACCACUUCGGACUCGUCAUCGCCUGCGACGUGGCGUCCAUCAUCUUCCUCGUGCUCUACAAGGUCGAUGCUUUCCUUCGUGUGGCUAUGGGCAACCAGCAGGAGCUGUUGACAUCAGUGUCGGGUCAGGUGUUUGUGAUCCACUCUCUGCUGCGGAUCGUGGUGGCUGUGGAAUCCUGUAGAGCAGCAGUGGGCCGUGCUGAGGAGAUCCGCUCUCUGCUGACCGAGUGGUCAGAAGAAGUGCCUCCUCUGCGAUUCUCGGCCGCUGGCUUCUUCUCUGUUGACAGGUCUCUGAUCGUCUCCAUGAUAAGUGUCAUUAUCACUUAUGGUACAGUUAUGUACCAGCUCCGUUCUGCGUAAUGUAGCUUCCACCGCGCUAGAAUUGCAAGUGUUCAUCUAAGCUACAUUGUUGUCAGUUCCAGCUUUUAGAGACGCGCUGUUGAGAACUUUCUAUCACAUCCGACUCCUGCUACUGUCAGGUUACAGCGUCCGGAAUCACAGCUCUGUUUCACACGUUAUUUGUUUAUGAAUGCGUAUGUUAGAAACAGUUUAUCACGUAGAAAGUAUCUGCACUUACUGUGUUAUUCAUAAGCUUUGUUCACGCAAAAACUGCAGUUAACUGCUUCAAUUCAUAGUAUUCAGACAGGUGUCUUCAUGUUAAUACAAGACGCCACUCUAAAAGCAGUUCGUCGUCAUAAUGCAUCACUUACUUCGUUGAAUCCUUAGAGACGAUUAAUGUGCAACAUCACCGAGUUUCACUAAAAUAUGUUAAAUGCACAAGCAAAAGAAAUAAUGUUACUGUCUCUUUUUAAUGGGAACUGAAACACUUUUGACUUUAUCCAAGCUCAAAAAAACAGAAAGCUCGAUCCAAUGAGAUUAUAUAGCAAUCAUUAUUCGAAAAUAAAUGUUUUUUCAGAAUCUGCAGA